CUNUCGGGCUCCAACUUCAGCGUGGGCCAGAGGCAGCUGGUGUGUCUGGCCAGAGCCGUCCUGAGGAAGAACCGCAUCCUCGUCAUCGACGAGGCCACGGCCAACGUGGACCCCAGGACAGAUGAACUCAUCCAGAAAACCAUACGGGACAAGUUCAGAGAGUGCACCGUGCUGACCAUCGCUCAUCGUCUCAACACCGUCAUAGACAGCGACAGGAUACUGGUGAGUCCUUCAUGCUGCCAUUACAGUGCCGUGAUGAGCGUAGUAGGGCCCAACCUCUUUUCGACUGUAACAGAAACGAAGGACCGCUUUACAAAAAAACAAAAACCUUACAGAUUUCAUUCUGCAUUUCUGUCCACGUGAGACAGGUGUCCUUGUAAAAGUGAUCUCUGAUCUCUAUGGGACCGUCCUGGUGAAAUCAAAGUUAUAAUAAUUAGUUGCUAUGUAGCUUGUAAGCUAUGUCUUAGUUGCUAUGCAUGUAGUUUCUAAGUGUCUUUGUUGCUAUGUAGUUUGUAAGCGUCCAAUUUUUGCACUGGGUCUGUGAUACACUGUGAGUAAACGUACUACCCUUUAAGGCCAUUAUGGACAAAAAUGUCCACUUCCAAAACCAUUCAUAAAAAUACUAUCUAGAAAAAAGUAAUUGGCCAAAUUUUUCGGAGUGAGUCUUUUAAAUCAAAAAUAUCAAAUAGUUAACCA